AUGUGGUGGACUCCAGCAACCCAGCCUCGUCCGCUGACAACCUUGCCGCCGCCCUCCUCAGACGAGAUCGAGGCAAUAAUUUCUGUCACCAAAGGCUUUCUCGCCGCGCUGAACACAAAGUCCUCCGUCGAAUUUGACAAGUACUGCGUUCGAGCAGGAGGAAUGUCCCUCUGGCCGCCACCUCCCACGCUUCCUCGAUUUUGCACAAUCGGUGCUUUUGUCGAACAGAUUGCGAAAGUGACGGACGAUAUCGAUGAACGGAUCUGGGAUCCAGAGGUGAAGGCAUAUGGCUUGGGAAAUCUCGCCGCCGUGUGGGCGCCAUUCAGGGCGAAGAUCAAUGGAAUUGUCGAUCAUGUGGGCGUCGAGCUCUUCAUUCUCCAUAAGAUGAACGGUGAAUGGAAGGUGACUGGGUUAGCUGAUUCGUGCCGACUACCGACCGAAGAGGAGAAGCAAUUGCUUCACUAA